CAGACUGGGGUGUGUGAGCCACAUCUGGAAUAGUAGCUACAGAGGAAAGGAGACGCAGAACCUCGGUGAUACUUUCCCAACUCUCCACUCCAGUACUCCCUUUUUUCCACGGAAACAAACCUCUUGCUUUGCCUUUUUCUCCACUUGAAAAUGCUGCUCAUCCUGCUUGGAGUGCUGAUCUUGCACUUAAUCAUUCUCAUUCUUCUCAUCGUGUCAACAGCAGCCAGUACCUGGUCUGUAGGUGGGGACAGGAGUCAAGAUCUAUGGUACAAUUGCGCAACAACUAAUGGAGGCUACCACUGUUCGCCAGCCAGCAAUGAAGAAUGGAUCCAGGCAGUGCAAGCCCUCAUGAUCCUGUCCUUGCUCUUCUGCUUCUUCUCCCUCAUUGCAUUCCUGUAUCAGCUGUUCAGACUGGUCAAGGGCGGACGCUUCUUCUUCACUGCCAUCUUCCAGAUCCUGGCUAGUCUGUUUGUGAUGUGUGGGGCAAUCAUCUACACUGUGAUGAAUCCGGAUGAUGAUGCUUCUGUCACACAUUAUGGCUACGCUUACGUGCUGGCCUGGGUGGCUUUCCCUCUCUGUCUCAUCAGUGGCCUCAUUUAUAUCGUCCUGAGGAAGAAAGAAUGAGAAAAAGGAGCAGAGGAGAAAAGAGGAGGGGUAGUAGGGAGACCCCUAACCACAACAUCGCACUGUGCCUACUGCCCACAGACCAUAGACUGACAUCCCAACAAUACAACAAAAGUGUAUGUGUCAUUAACUGUUGUAAAUGCAAGAAGGAGACAUUUAUCAUUGCUGGGAAUCUUUUUUUGUUGUUGCUGUAUUUCAGUACCCAUUAUUUUGCCAUCACAUGCUGAAAAACAUCACAUGUAUUUGUUUUGUGAGUUUUAACAAAAGCUCAGUCUCACUACACAUGAUCCCUUUGGUGACAGCGUAUCUUGAAAAUGUGUUUAGAAAAGCGUUUGUUAAGAGAAAUAUUAAUCACUCUCAAAGAAGGAGACUGGAUUCAAAAUAAUAGGAUAUAGGUUGAUUUUAUUUGCUUGUACAAGCGGAGCGUUUUACAAAUGCAACAACAACGGUUACAGGCGAAAAGGCUCCUAGAGGAGCAUUGUCAGAAAGGCUUUAUACUGUUCUUCACUUGUGUCGUUUAGCCCCCCUCCCCAAGCUGGCAGCCUUAUUCCAUAGAUAGCAUCAUAACGGUUGUUUAGUUCCCUUUUAUCAGUAGGCAAGCAGAAGUUCCACUUCCUGACCUGUCUCUAACCCUACGGUACAUAUGGAGUUGAAAACUCUUUCUGCCAGCCUCAGCAACUUGUUAAAACAGGAAGUAUCAAACAGUCAUGUCAAAAAUAGAAGCACCCUCACACCUAACAUGAACUCAAGACAUCUGGAAUUCACCAUUAUCCAAUUUUUAUAACAGCGUUAGUGACAUAUUGACUUUUGUUGCAUACUGGCAUCCUACAGUGCUUCCACAAAUACAUCGAGUGUGAUAACAAAGACAAGUAAUCCUGUCUUGAUUCAGUACAAAGAUGUACAUAGUGUCUGUGGUUUUUAGACAUAUUUAUAACAUUUUUACAUACAUUUUUGUACAUAGUGUUGUCAAGUUAACAUUGUCAUGCUCAUUUAUGUGAUAGAGUUUGUGUCUCUCACAAAUCAUGCAGCUGUGCCAAAGAGAUGUCGCUUCAACUGCCAAAGUAUCAAGCUUUUUUUCUGUUUUUGUUGUUUUUGAGUGUCAAAUGCUUUGGACAUUGUGCCUUAACUUAGAAUAUCUGUGUUUUUCUUGAAGGAAAUGAGAAAAUCCUCAGAAAUUAAAGAAAUGACAAUAAAGAAGAAUUAAUUUUUUCUGAAUUAUUAUACUUGAUAUUCCAAAUAACAAGAUGUUGCAUUUUGUAAUCUAGUUUUAAGAAAAUGGUGCUUUUUAUCUACUAUUCUUGAAAUGUAUAGCCCACUUUGUGUUUGUGUAUCUACCUUGCAAGUGUCUCAUGUCCUGUGAUUAAUUUGCUUUGUACAAACCCAAGUUCGCAUUUUUGUCAGUAUUCUUCUAAAUAAACCUUUGAAAAUGAA